AUGACCGCAACCUCCGAACCCAGAGACGAGUACAACCUCCAGGGGGCGUGGGAGCGCGUGUGCCGCUCGUUCGCGCAGACCAUCAAGGCCGAUCUGACGACCGCGCCCAAGUACACCAUCGAGGAGGUCCUCGAGCAGAUCCGGGCCUGGGAAGCAGAGGGCCUCGAAAGGAGCGCCGACCUGGCGUUCGUGAAGGUUCUGGGCGGCAUUGUUGCGCAGGGCGCGAGCAUGUACAAGCGCGUCUUUAGCAGCCUGGCUGAGCUGUUCCGGAAGAUCUGUGACCUGUUGGACCGCAUGCAGAUCUACAUGCGCCUACAGAACGACGCGGUGGAUGUCGUCCUGCGGAAGAUCCUCAACCAGCAGUUGCUCUGUUUUGUGGAUAUCUGCGCCUUGUCAGAAAAGAAGCUGCAGGGCCACAAAGUCCUUAUCGCCCUCAAGGCUUUUGCCUUCAGCGGCGAUGAAGGGGUCAGCGCGCAGUUGGCUGGGCUGGCGACCCUCGGCGAGCGCGAGUCCCAGAGACGCGCAACCCAAGGAGACUUUGUCAGCGCUGGCUUGUUAUUGGACGAAGUCAGCAAUAAACAACGUCCCGGCGAGAUUCGAGACAGUUUGGCUCGCUUGGGACACAAUCGCCAGGCCAUUAUAACAAGGAAGAUUGACCCGCUGAAUGCAACCCAUGGCAAAGAGGAUAUUGCCGAGCUUGAUGAAGUUUUCACUUAGGUCAUGUCUGCUACAAGACCACUCACACUGAGGGAGCUUGACGAAGUGCUCUCCCUCAAAAGCCGUGCACCGUCGCUGAGACCACUAGCAAAGGUCAUUAUCGAUCAGUAUUCGUCCCUUCUUCGGGUCGAAGGCAAAUUGAAUGGCGCAAGCAAGGAUUUCGACCUCAAGUCCCGUGUAUUGUUGGUGUCGGAGUCAGUGAAACACUUCCUGGAUGCACCAUUACGAGGUGAUACAGACAUGGAAACGAAGGUUUGGGAUGAUGUUGAGGCAGUCAACAAAAGCGAGGUGCGAAUUGUGCGCCGAUUCUUGGAGUCCGUGUGCAAUGCUAGCCUCUUCCAGAGAUUUGGGUUUGAAGACUGUUUUGUGGCGAAGCUAAGCAGAAGCUCUCAUUGUCGAGCAGUUAUUGAGGGUAAUGCAUGUGUGGUUGUC